AGUAUUCGUUGUGUUGGUCAUCAGUAGCAGACGGUGCGGCCACAGUGCGGCUUUCGGCAGUUUGACACCUUAGUUUGACGGAUGUGUAAUUUUUGUAGCUGUUAAAUUGGGAUUGAACGCGUUAUCUGAAGGUGUUGAUUGUUAUUGAUAUUUAGUUUCCUAUCUGAACGCAGUUUGUGAGAAACUGCUGUUGGCUGUCGAAAAGGCCUAACUACUGUUUCUGCUCUCUGGUUGUGCUGUUUGAAAGGUCGAGCCGAGAUGCCGACAGCGGCCGCAGCCACCCCCGAGGCCGGAGCGCCCCGCUCCGAGCUGCAGGAGCUGCAGAUGAAGGCGGGGCAGGUCACGGACGAGUCGCUGGAGUCGACGCGGCGGAUGCUGGCACUAUGCGAGGAGAGCAAGGAGGCUGGCAUCCGUACUCUGGUGGCCCUGGACGACCAGGGAGAGCAACUGGACCGAGUGGAGGAGGGCAUGGACCAGAUCAACGCAGACAUGAAGGAGGCUGAGAAGAACCUGACGGGCAUGGAGAAGUGUUGUGGUCUGUGUGUGUUGCCGUGCAACAAGUCGGCGUCCUUCAAGGAGGACGAGGGCACCUGGAAGGGCAACGACGACGGCAAGGUGGUCAACAACCAGCCCCAGCGGGUCAUGGACGAGCGGAACGGCCUGGUCACCCAGAGCGGCUACAUCGCCAAGAUCACCAACGAUGCCCGGGAGGACGAGAUGGAAGACAACAUGGGCCAAGUGAACACCAUGGUGGGCAACUUGCGCAACAUGGCCAUCGACAUGGGCUCGGAGCUGGAAAAUCAGAAUCGCCAGAUCGACAGAAUCAAUCGCAAGGGCGAGUCCAACGAGACAAGGAUAGCAGUGGCCAACCAGCGAGCCCAUGACCUGCUCAAGUAAUCGACGAGUCUGCGCGUCGCCACCUACUGAAGUGCUUAUCUUUAUAUCAUAAAAGUAUCUAUAAUAUAGAACAUGUCGUACCAUCAAUUAUUAUCGCAGUUGUAAAGAAAAAAAAUAUUGAGCAGUUUAUUUUAAAAAGUUAUUGCUUAAUUCUGUCGUGGGACGUAAGGCCACUUCAGAGAUUUUUUUUGUAUAGAGAUGUGUCGUGGUUACAACUGUUAAUAUUUUCACCUUUAUGACAUUUCAAGCAAUAACAUUUUGUUUAUUUUGCAUGAAAAUAGUCGGGAUCAAACAUUUCAGUGCAAAUAUUUGUUAUUUGUGUGUAAGUAUUUUUAUGACUUUGGUCAAAAACUUUAGGAAGAAUAUUUGUUACUUGUAUCGCAUGUGAAAAUGUUGUGGAAGUGGCUUUAUUUAAUUUUCAAGCCAUUUCCUAACUUUUAUUCUGCCUAUCAAAAUGUUAUGAAAGUUAUUUUUUGUGCCUGUUGUGAAUCUCUUGGAACAGCUGUCUUACUGUUGUGUUUAUUACCGGUGCUGCGUAGGAGUUCUCGAACGAAACUCUGCUUAAGGAUGCCAACAGAAGAAUCAGUAAGCUGUACAAGCUGUAGAAGCACCAGCAAGGAUCUAAAUCACUACUAACAUCUAACUUUGCUGAAGGUAAAAUACAAGCAGUUUGUUGUUUCCAUUCGUUAGGUUCACUACUCUCCCUUCGGCAGCCGAGGCUUGCACGUACACCUUUGUUCUCCCACCACGCCCAAACGUACUUAUGUGUGUCAACUUACCGGUAGUGUGGAAGGCUCUCUUCAAGGAGCAGUUGUUACUUCUGUCCUCGACUCUUUACUGUCCAUAAAACUCCAAGCUUUGGUGUCUCCCCGCAUUGAACUCCUGUGUGGACGUAGCGAGUAGGUAAACUGUUCAACUAUCCAGACCAUGUGGACCUUGAGCGGUUCUGUGUACAUAAUGUAAAUAGCAAAUUGAAAAUAACUUGGAUUUGAAGUCCUUAUUUCGUGUUAAAUUUGUGAGAUUGAACUUUGUCUCUUUUGUAAUGGAAAUAUAGUGGUGUAGAAUUGGAAUUUGCAGUUUCCUUUGUUUAGAAAUCAAAAUGAAACUAUUUUGUUUCUAGACUUAUGUAUUAGUUAUUUUAAGGAAGAAAAUAUUUAUAUUUAGGCUUUUGUAGGCAUUAAUAGUUUACUGGCAUAAGAGCAAAUUUUUUUCUAUUUUAAGAAACACAUUUUGCUUAUUUAAGGAUAACUCCAUAUCAUAACAGUGCAAGUAAUGGUAGGUGCAAAAGUUAAUAGCUUUGUUCUAACUUAAUAAUUAAAACAGCUAUGACUGUCAAUUGUCUUCACAUCAAGUUAUUUGUAGGACUGCAGCAAUGACAUCUUGUUAAAUUAUUUUAAUGCAUGACAAUUACAAUAGUUUAAUAUAAGGGAUAGUGCUUGAUGUGUGUAGUUCUGAAAUAUGGACUGCUCUGAAACAUUUGUAGAUGUUACAAAGCCCCCAAGAAAUGUGUACAUUGUGUUCUUAUGCCAUACAUUUAUUUAAAAGUUCUAGAAUAGUUUACAAGUUCUAAUCGGAUUAGAUGCAGGCAUUGUUGCAUCAUCUGUUUUGUUAGCUGUUUAAAUGAAGGCAUUGCAGACUACAUUACAUUACAUUACAUUACAUAACACUAGGGUGGUAAUCCUAUAAAUGGCUGUGUCGCAGAAAAAGAAAUACGUAGUAGAUAAUGAAGUUUAAUAAGUUAUUGUUUUUUAUAAGUAACAUUUUCUGUCAUGUUUUUCUGUUUUGUGUUAAUGUAUGUAGUGAAUAACGAAUAAUGUUCUCAGGUUGUGUGUACUUAUUACUUAUUCUCAACUUGAGUCUGAUGGUGUGUACUUAAAACCCUAUUGGUGCAACUGUUACAUUUCUGUUCUUGCGACUAAUAAUACUUGUACUGGCAUUACUAUUAAGUUGCAACACGUAAAAUAGAUUUUACUCAGCAUAUUUACUGUUUUUGUCUCAAAUAUUUACACAAGUUUAUCUUGCUGCAAUAAUCUGUCAUUGUGAUACCCUACCUAUAGUUCUGUCCCAUAAUUUAGCAUAAUACUUAAUUCACUAGUCUUUAAAGUACUGUAAUGUUUAAAUUUGUAUUUUUGUGUAGCCAGUUUGGGUCAUUUAAAACAGUGAUGAAAUUACAGUAUAUUUUCUUAACAUUUUAAAUUACUGGAACUUAAAGAAAACCCUAGAAAUUACAGGUCUCAAAUUACAGCGGAUUGUGAUUCUGGGAGGUAGAAAUUAGUGAAUGUUAUUUUGACUGUAAAUUAUUGUCUCAUGUAAAAUUUUUCGCAUUUGUGUGUACAAAGUAUUGUACUCUGUUUCUAGGUUGGGUUUUCAGGUUGGCUGUUGCGACGAGCAAAUGUAUGAAUGUUUUAUAUUCUCAAUGUGUACUUCAACUCUGCUACGGAGGAGAUACCUGGUGCCACACACACACUGGGUUGCGUUUGAUUCGGCAGGGGUGUCAACUCUAGCAGGACAUUGGUUGACGCGUCAAUCAAAUACACUGGACGAGCAUCAGUUAGUCUUAUAUCAUGAGCAUUUAUCUACUAUAAAGUUUAAGUGGUGAGAGUAGAUUGCAAUAUUUUUUUAUAAAAACUGAUUGUGAGUUGCAGUACAAGUGGAUUCAGCGAAGGCUCAAAGAAUUUUGGCUUGGUUCCUCCUCCUUAGCCGAGUAGAUUUCAUUCAAGUGUAACUCGACUUCAUGUCUCCAUAGCGUUAGAGCACGUGCCCUCUGUACUUACUGAGGUGAAUAUAUGAUCUAUAAAA